GGGGGGAAAGUCAUCAAACCAAAUCUAACGUUUUUUAAAUUAAAAUAGUUGUAAAACAUAGACGAGUUAAAUGGAAAAAAAUAUAAAUUGAUAGUUUUAAUUCAUGUAACCUUAUAUUUAACUAUUACAAAGUAUUUCAUUGUUUUGUAACGAAACCGAUUGUGAUUGCAAUUACGUCAUAAUCUGCAUCAAAAUAUUUUUAUUUGCGUAGUUACGAACAUUUUAUUUGUUGCUAAAGCGUCUAAAUUAUAUUUUUCGCAUUAAAAUGUGGAGUUCGAGCGCUGCCGGAGAUGCCCCGUUAAAUCCAGAUGACCGGGGGCCGAACGAAGACAAUGUCCAUGCGUUGCAACGAACAUGGGAUGUUUUUAACGAUCUCAAAUCGAAAGGAUUGUUCUUCGAUGUUGUUCUGACGAGCAAAGAUGGCGUCAGCUACCCAGCGCACCGGAUCAUACUUUGUACAUGCGGAGAUUAUUUCAGGUCACUAUUCAGCGGUCGUUGGCGAAGCAGCAACGAUAGUGAGAUCCGAAUGCCAAGCGUUAGUUCUGGCGUAUUGUCGCAUAUCCUCGACUUCGCUUACAAACGCGAGGUAAAUUUAUCGUCGCUGGAUGAUGCUAAAGAGUUGUUGGUGGUUUGCGAUCACCUUGGUAUGGUGGAAGCCGCCCAACUAUGCAAGACCUACGUCAUCAAACAUCUGGAUUGUUAUAACUGCAUUGAGUUGUGGAACUUUGCAAGAAAGUACAAUUGUUUCUCGCUCGCUGAAUCUUGUGUUUGUUACGUCACAAAGAACAUUAUCGAAGUCGCUUUAUACAAAUCAUUCGUCGAAUUAAGCGUAGAUGACGUCAUGACAAUACUCAACGAUGAUUCGCUGAAUAUUCGGAAAGAAAAUUUCGAAUUCUACCUUUGUGUCAGGUGGGUACGUCAUAAAGAGCACGAACGUCUGGAACAAUUAGACAAUCUGCUUCGGUGCGUUCGCCUUGGGACAAUGGGGCUCGAUUGUCUUGAACGAAGGGUCCUCAAACAUAGAUAUAUUAUAAAACAACAACCUAGCAGGUAUUUCGUUGAACACGUGAUCGAUGGAUUGAAGCGUCACAACCGCGUUGAUGACGUACAAAGCCCCACAUAUGUCACAGAGCGACCCCGACACCCACAAAGCCUUAUAUUGGUGGUUGGAGGUUGGAGCAAUGAAAGCCCAACCCGAUCAUCAGAGGUUUACCAACCUAGGAUGAAACGGUGGAUUCCAGCUUCGAGGUGCUUCCCCAAUCUGCUGCGGAAACCCCGGGCUUACCAUGCUGUUGUAUACAUGGGUGGGUGGGUAUACGUGAUCGGGGGGUUCGAUGGCGAGACGACGUUUAAUUCAUGCGAGAGAUUCAACGUUGUUAGCGGCGGGUGGGAGGAGAGGUGUGGGAUGAAGCAUAGACGGUGUUAUGUCGGCGUAGCAAUGUUGGGGGGUGAGAUCUACGCGGUGGGCGGUAAAGGUGGCGAGCAGGAGGGGGACCGGUUAAAGUCUGCAGAGAAAUACCACCCAGUGUUGAACGUUUGGAUUCAACUUCCUGAUAUGUUGGAACGAAGAAGCGACGCUGGGGCGUGUAGCGUUGGUCGCCUCGUGUUCGUGGCUGGGGGUUUCACCGGUUUCCAAUGUGUUUCCUCUGUUGAGUACUUCGACACCGUCAGCCAUCAAUGGUCCCGUGUUGCUCCAAUGCAAGUACCAAGGUCAGGGUUGAGCGUUGUGGCUUACAAAGGUAGCUUGGUGGUGUUGGGUGGCUUUGAUGGUAGAGAUCGGUUGAAUAGUGUUGAAGUGUAUGACGUCAUCAAUUCUAGAUGGGAUGUGAUGACGUCAAUGAUGACGAAGAGAUCUAAUUUUUGUGCUUGUAUAAUGGAUGGUAGCAUCGUCGUCAUGGGAGGAUUCAAUUCACCUUCCACUUGUGACGUAGUAGAGUAUUUUGAUGACGCGGAUGACGUAUGUCGCAAUGAGGGGGUUACCCGUUUAUUGGAUGGAGUUGGGCACGUAAGUGAUGAGAAGAGGGAAUCUCCUUUAAAAGAGAAGACACACAUGGGUGAAUGGCGCCACCUUGCGCCGAUGACGGUCAGCAGAAGCGCGUUAAGUUGUUGCGUCAUAAACGAACUUUCACCGAGUUUUUUAUUUUCAAUAACAUCAAAUAAACAAUAAAAUAUAUGACGUCA